AAAUGAUUUUUUGCCAUAAUAAACUUUAAGCUUAACAUUUAAAUUAAACCUGUUCAAAGUAAAUACAUCAUAUAUUAUAUUCAUCCAUAUUCAUUAAAUACAACAUAAACCAGUUCAAUAGGAAAUUAAAUCUGAUUUAUUCACAUUAAGUCUAUUUAAUCGUUUCACUGGAAUUCAUUGGAUCCACCUGAAGCACGCGGGCACACCACUCUUUCAUUCCCGAAUAGACCUCGUGCUGAUGAAUGGACCGAGUUUGGUAAGCUUUUUAUCCGUUUAAGUUAACUAGAAACCGAUUAUUUAUUAGAUGUCCACAUGUUUAAUGGGGAACAUUAGAAUAGAUGUUCUGUUACUGAAUAUAAGCGUUUCUUUAUUCAUUUAGGCGAGUUAUCUAGCACUGUAACUAGCACUAGCUAACUAUUUAGCUAACUAGCUGGGUAACCUGGCUAGGAAAAUAGUCAUGAAACACCAUAAAUAUGCUAUUGCUUUCACAAUGGUAUCGCAAAUCCCUUGGCUUAUAUUGUGCAACGGCUUGUGCCCUUAGCAUUUAGGCAUGGUUUACGUCAGGUGGCUAGCACUACGACAUUGGGUCUGCCAAAGCAUUUAGCUAGCUAUCGUAUUUCGCAUGUCCCCGCGAUUGACUGGCUCCUGGCCGUUAAGGUGGAAUCGAGGGAGUGGUUGCCGACCGUACACGUCCAGCCGUUGAGUAGGGAGUGAGAGCCUGUUGUCGGGAGUGUACUGGUAAUCUAUGAAAACGUGGUUGUUUUGAUAAAACACAGUUCGAAUAUAUGCUAUACUUUGCCAUCUCCAAAUGUAUUAAAACGUCCAAAGAUGCCAUAUUACCACAGUUUUGGACGAGAGUUGGUAUUCUCUCUUUGGAUUUACUUUGUGAAAACCAGGGCAACCUCUUAAUAGUUUGUGUGAAUGUGGGAGUGUAAACUUUGUGACAUAUCACCAGUAUCAAGCAGGAGGGAGACUGAGUCACCCAGCGCCAGGCUCGCAGGAGAAGGUUGCAGGGUCCGGGUCCCCGGUUCUCCCGGUUCUCCCGGUUCCGGCUGCUGCUUCUGAGGAUGAGGAUGAUGAUGAUGAUGAUGAUGAGGACGGGUCCAGUGUUCUGCUGCUUCUUCACGCUGCUCUGCCUCCGAGGCAUGCUGCAUUGUUCUCCGGUUCUCCGCGGUGGGGCCAGCGAGCAGAUCGCUGCUGCACCGGGCUCGGACAGGUUCCCAGUCCUGAGGAAGAGAGGCAGAGAAACCCAGACGAAGGACCCGGGGCCCCAAUCCAACUCCAGUCAGGCCUGGAGCCGCCCGCGCUGUGGGGUCCCGGACUUCCCCGGGCCGGUACACCUCAGCGGGCGACGGAAGCGCUUCGUUGUGUACGGAGGGCGCUGGGAGAAGACCGACCUCACCUACAAGAUUGUGCGGUUUCCAUGGCAGAUGGGUGAGGAUAAGGUUCGUCGGGUGCUACAGGAAGCUCUGAGGGUUUGGAGCGAAGUGACGCCACUCACCUUCACUGAGCUCCGCAGCGGGAAGGCGGACAUAGUCAUCGACUUCACCAGGUACUGGCACGGGGACAGCCUCCCCUUCGACGGGCCGGGGGGAAUCCUGGCCCAUGCUUUCUUCCCCAAGACCCACCGCCAGGGAGACAUCCACUUCGACUACGACGAGUCCUGGACGCUGGGCAACGACAUGGGCACGGACCUCCUCCAGGUGGCUGCCCAUGAGUUCGGCCACGUCCUGGGGCUGCAGCACUCCAGGGAGCCCGGGGCCGUCAUGUCGGCCUACUACACCUUCUCCUACCCCCUGGAGCUCAGCCGGGACGACCGGCAGGGCAUCCAGUACCUGUACGGUGCCCGGCCACAGGCCCCCACCUUGGCCCCGCCCCGGCCCCCUCCCCCAGUCAACCCAGAGACCAAUGAGAUCACUCCUGACGCAUGUCACACAGACUUUGACGCCGUGUCCAUGAUCCGUGGCGAGCUGUUCUUCUUCAAGAGCGGCUAUGUGUGGCGGAUCCGCGAUGGCUACCUUGAGCGCGGCUACCCGGCCCUCGCCUCCCGCCACUGGAAAGGAAUCCCAGAGACCGUGGAUGCCGCUUUUGAAGACCAGACGGGGAAUAUCUGGUUCUUCCAAGGGAACAACUACUGGGUGUUUGACGCAGAGCGGCCAAUCAGGGGGCCAGAGUCCAUCCGGGGUCUGGGUCUGUCCGUGUCCCACCUCCAGGCCGCCCUCCGCUGGGGGCAGGACUCUAACUACAACACCUACCUCUUCCAGUCGGGCAGCUACUGGAAGCUCAGCCCCAGUGAGGGCCGUGUAGAAUCAGUCUACCCCCACAGCAUGCAGGACUGGAGCGGAAUCCCACACGACGUAGACGCAGCCUUCAAAGACAUCUAUGGUUAUGCCCACUUCAUCCGGGGAAGGCAGUAUUGGAAGUUUGACCCAGUGGCUAGGAACUCUCUGGAGGGUUACCCACGGUACAUCGGCCAGGACUUCUUCGGCUGCAGACAGAAGAAGUGACACGGAGAGAGUGGAGGGGGCAUUCUAUUAGUUUGGACCAGAAGAGAACCCAUCCUAUUCUUCUUCUUUUAUGAUCACUCGACCGUCCUCUCAGGAACAUAUUUCCUCAGACUCUGACCUCUGGUGUUGUAAUUAUAAUAAGAAUGACGAUAAUAAUGACCAUGUUUUACAGUAGACCAAGACACUUAUUAACUUUAGGACAAAAAGAGGUAGAUGCUGCAAGUUUUUGUGGAGAAACUGUGUCUUUAUGUUAUCAGGAUCUUUUUUUACCACUACUGUAUAUAACAUUUUUCUCCCUCUUCAUAUGACAUUUUGUGUGUCAGUGGAUGUUUACUAAUUGUUUCCUAUUUUCUCAAAAAUACUCUCUGUUUUGUGAAAUCACUCCCAUAAGCACUACCAUAAGAUGUCUAUCCUCACCAUGAGCCACAUGUAUCCACCCAUCUGCAAACAGCUUUUGAUUCUAGUGUGAUCUACAGGGAAAACUAGAACUGCAAGUUCUCCAAAUGUUAUUCGUUUUUUUGUAUUUAAUGAAGUUAUUAAUUAUAACACGGUGCUGUAUUCAAGAUAAUCUUUUCAGGGACAGAAGACCAGAGAGUAUCUGUAAGGUUCUUCACAUUGAAACCCCUCACACCUCGCGGUUCUCCUCGCCUCGGCAGAACCUGGCACCCUACCCGGUACCAGCAUCCUGAUACCCUUCUCAAACCCUAGUUGCCUCAUUUCCUUCAAAACCUAAAAUUGUGUUUAUAUCAAUUUUUUUUAUAGCAAUUCUAAUACAUAUAUCUUGUUUCACCUUAUCAGCAAAAAAAUUGGCACAUACAACAAUAAAUACGAGUAUGUCAUUGGAAUGUGUGUGAUAAUUUUGACCUUUUAUCAUAAUAAUCCCCAUGUGCUGUGUGCGGAUCCGCAUGCAUGCAUGCUUGUUUGUGUGAAUUGCUGAGUCGUGCAACAUGUAACUCUCCUGCGGUGCUCGGAGGAGACCAGCGCGGGUCGCUGGCGCUACACUGACCUCUCGGUACUAAGUGAUCUUGUUGUUGUGCUUGUUGUUGUUUUGUUGUCUUCCUCUUAAGAGCUGUUGAUCAUGACUGGUAUGAUGAAAACGACAACAACGUAUUUAUAAGCAAACAAUUGAGCACACAUUUGGCUGUAGAUGUAUGCUUUUUUUUUCCCUUUUGUACUCACUGAUAUGUAAAAACAUACAUAUAUGUUGAUUUCUAAUAAAAUACCA